UUCGUGAUUUUGUAUAUAGAGAUAUAUGUUCACGAAAAUAUUAUUCACGAAAAAUAAACAAAAUGGCUUCAGUUACACCUGGUGAGUUAGAUAACAAGUUACAGAAAUUUCAAAAUUUCAUUGAUGACGUAAAAGCAAUUCAAAAAAGAGAUGAAACAUUGACAAGUGAUGUUCAGAUUGAAAGACUUGUUAAACCAGGGUCAAAGUAUUUGAAUUUGAAUCCUUAUGAGGUACUUAAUAUUCCUCCUACUGCAUCCCCAGAUGAAAUAAAGAAAGCCUAUAAAAAGCUUUCGAUUCUUGUACAUCCAGAUAAAAAUCCUAAUGACAAAGAGAGAGCACAAAAGGCAUUUGAUGCUGUCAGCACAGCUAAUCAGACUUUACAAGAUACUGAUAAAGUUAAAAAAAUAAAGUUGUUACUUGAAGAAGCUGAAGCUAGUUUUCAAAGAAUGUUAGCUGAUAAGCGUAGAGAAGCCAAAAAGAUUUCACCGCUUGCUACAAUCCCUGAAGACGAUAAACCAGAAGAGUACUUUAGAUUGAAAAGGGCAGUGACUGCUAAAUUGUUUGCAGAUAGUGAUAUAAAAAAGCAGGAACUUGUAGAUAGAAAUCAACAAGAAAAAAAAAGAGAAAGAGAAAAUGAAUUGGAAGAAGAAGAAAAAGCAAAAAAACAGAAAGAAUUUGAAAAAAAUUGGGAUGAUACUCGAACUAAUCGUGUUGAAGAUUGGAGAUCUUUUCAAAAAAAUGCAGCUAAAAAAGCGAAAAAGAAAAAAGUUAUGAAGGCUUUCAAACCUCCAUCUUUAAAACCUGAAACUCGAAUGUAAAAGUUUUUCCGUAGAACUAUUGCUGAAUAUUAACAAUAAAUUAAAAUGGUUUAUGUAUUCAAUUGAUCAGUAAGUCCGAUAUUGACCAAUCAUUAUUAUAGUUGAAGGCGACCAAUUAUUAUUACGGUUGAAGGCGGCCAAUCGAUAUUAAGAUAUAAUCGAUAUAAGAUUGACGGAAACUUUAAAAUGAUAAAAAUGGAAACUAACUGUUAAAUUUUAGAUAAAAGCCUUGUAGCUGGUAACCUUUUCAUAAACCUGAUGAACAGGAUUUUUAUCUACUAGAGAUAUAUUGUACACUUGAAGAAUUUUGUUUUCCUAAAAAAAGGUUUUAGCGACUAUAUAUGAAUACUGAUGUAUGUUGUUUAUUUUCUUUUAAAUUAUUAUAAAGAAAUAAAUCAAAAAUUUUGACAAAA